AUGACAUUAUUUAAAAACUUUCAUUCUCAUAAACGUAGAAUUGGUAAAAAUUAUCGUCGACGGUGAACCUAGGAGCCAGAAAAUUGUGAUGAUUAUUUAAAAUAAAGUUCACAACUUUUUUUCUGUUUUUCAAGUUAGUGCAAAUAUAGCAAAUAUUAGAACCUAAAUCAUGGAGAAGAAAAGAAAGAGAGGGAAUAAAGGGAAAAAUUGGAUAAUAAAAGAAAUAAAAGAAUAAAGAGAGGGCAGAUUCCUCUGAUUAUAACAAUGAAAUCUUCGCUCCGGCAACACGAAAGAAAAGUACACAAGGCAAUUAAACUUGUGAGGACUGUAUUCGACAUUAAUUUACAUUUUUUUGCAUUGUUACAAGGAUGGUACGAGGCAUCAUAAACAGGGGCUGCUACGACCUCUAUAAUUUCGAUGAAGAGGAUAAAACUCCUGCAAACCUUCCAGGCUGGGAACCCUUCAGUGGUUCUGUAGAAUGGGCAAAUUUUUCCGAACUAUGCCCGGUACCAUGGCAAUAUGUGCCAAACGAAGAACUCUCACCUAGCUGGGGUUACUUCGAUGUUCAUGACGGAGGUGGUUAUGUUGCAGAUCUAGGCUACAAUAGCAGUAAAGCUCAGGCAGUCAUCUCCGACUUGAUAGAAUACGGUUGGAUCGACCGGCAGACCCGUGCCGUCCUACUUGAGUUCACUAUCUAUAACCCUAACAUGGGCUACCUAAUCAUUUCAGCGUAUCAUUUUGAAAUAUUGCCCACAGGGUAUGGCUAUCCUUUUUCAAAGAUAGACACUCUUCUGCUGAAAAGUACUGAAACAGGCUUUUACGAGUUUUAUCUGAUUUGUCAGUUGUUAUUUAUCAUGAUGGCAUUCGUCUUUUUCAUCGUCGAGAUGUAUAAGCUGUAUCGAGCUAAGUGGACCUAUUUUAGAUAUGUGUGGAACUGGGUGGAAAUUCUACGAAUAUUAUUGUCGGUGCUGGUCGUGGUAUUCUACAUAAUUAAGUCAAAGCUGAUACUUAAACUCGCUGCUAUUGUGAAGGAAAACCCAUUCGCCACCGUUAGUUUUGGAGAAGCCGUUACCUAG